AUGAGCCGACGCGACUCGCGCAUGAUGCUCUACCUCGGCGGCGUUGCCAGCGUCGCAUGGUGUAUGGUGUACAUGGCCCAAGUCCACACGACGAUGCUGGCGCCGGCGCCGCUCGCAGGCGCCAUGCACCUCGCCGCCGCGCCAUCCGAUGCCGACCGCGUCGAAGCUCUCUUGAAAUCUAUGACACUGGCUCAAAAGGUGGGCCAAAUGACGCAGAUCGACAUCGGCGACAUUCUGUACGGCAAGAGCCGGGAGCCGGCCCUCGCCAUCAACCGCGCCAAGGUCGCCGUGUACGCCAAGCUCGGGAUCGGGUCGUACUUUAACUCGCCCUUUGACGCCAACAGCAGCCCGCACGGGCGCGUCGGGUGGUCGGCGUCCGAGUGGCGCGUCGUGCUCAACACGAUCGCGGCCAUCUACAAGGAGCACAGCGCCGUGCCGUUCAUCUACGGCAUCGACACGACGCACGGCGCCAACUAUGUGCGCAACGCGACGCUCUUCCCGCAGCCUCUCGCGCUCGCAUCGACCUUCAACGUCGACCUUGCGUAUGCGAUGGGGCGCAUCGAGGCCAAGGACAGCCUCGCAGCCGGCAUCCCAUGGAUCUUCAGUCCCGUGCUCGGGAUUGCGAUGCAGCCCAAGUGGUCGCGGGUGUAUGAGACCAUGGGCGAAGAUCCGCAUGUGGUCUCGACUCUCGGCGUCGCUGUCAUACGUGGCAUCCAGUCGUCCAACGCUUCAGCGGCCUGCAUGAAGCACUUCAUCGGGUACUCGAACCCGACGAGCGGCAAUGACCGCGCCGACAGCAUCAUCACGGACUUUGACUUGGUCAACUACUACGCCCCGCCGUUCCUCGCUGCCGUCCGCGACGGUAACGUCCUCAGUGCCAUGGAGACGUACACCAGCGUUAACGGCGACCCGGUCGUCCAAAGCACCAAGCUGCUCCAAGGUUUGCUGCGCAACGACAUGGCGUUUGACGGGCUCCUCGUCUCGGACGACGACGAGAUCCACCGGCUCGUGGCCGAGCACCACGUGGCGGCGACGGAGCUCGAAGCACUGCAGAUGGUCAUGGACCACACGUCCUUGGACAUGAACAUGGUGAGCAAGAAGCACCGCGCGACGUCGCUCUUACUCAAGCUCGUGAACGCGUCGACGAUCCCCGAAGCGCGGCUCGAUUCGUCCGUGCGUCGCAUCCUCACGCUCAAGCAGCGCCUCGGGCUCCUCGAUGCACCGCCUUCGACUCACGAGAAUUUGGUGGCGACGGUUGGCAGCGACGAAGACCGCGCGCUCGCAGCGACGGCCGCCGACGAGAGCGUCGUGCUGCUCUUGAACAAGCCCGUCGAGCCCGUGGACGCGGUCAAUCCCAAGAUGGUCCUCCCAAUCCAGAACCCAAAUGCUAAGAUCUUUGUGACCGGCCCGCUCGCCGACAACAAGGCGUACCUCUGCGGCGGGUGGACUGUCUAUUGGCAGGGCACCGACGACUCGGACGCGAUUCCGUAUGGCCGCACGAUCAAGGAGGCCGUGGCCGCCCGCUUUCCAAACGUUGUGUACGCAGAAGGCGUCCCGGUCCUCGAUACGGACGUCGACGCGAACGCUGGCCCGCCGGGCAGCGUCCACGCGAUGAGCGCGCCACAAGCUGCGAACCACAGCGCCGCGCUCGCGCUCGCGGCGGCCGCCGACUACACGAUCGUGGUCGUCGGCGAGGCGCCGUAUGCGGAAAAGUCGGGCGACCUCGACGACCUCACGCUGCCGUCCGGGCAGCUCGAGUACAUUGCGGCGCUGAGCCGCGUCACGACGACGAACGUGAUUGUUGUCGUAAUCACGGGCCGACCGCGGCUCCUCGGGCACAGCCUCCGCCACGUCCACGGUGUGCUCGUGAGCUUCCUGCCGUGCGCGGGUGGCGGCGACGCGAUCGCCAAGGUGAUUGCCGGCGACGUCAACCCGAGCGGCCGCCUUCCACUCACGUACCCAGCGACGACGGGCCAUGCGCUGCCGUACUUUCACCGCGCUAAUGUCGCGUGCACCGAAGGCUUUAAAGAGUGCCCGGUCCAGUGGCCGUUUGGCGCGGGCUUGAGCUACACGACGUUCAAGUACGACAACCUCACGCUGAGCGCGUGGCGCGUCGACAAGGUCACGGGCCGGCUCCGCGUCGACGUGAGCGUCACCAAUGUGGGCACGCGCGCCGGCAAAGAAGUGGUGCUGUUGUUUCUGUCGCAAAAGGUCCGGCGGUUUGCCGUGCCCGAGGCCAAGCUCCUGAAGCGCUUUACGAAGAUCGAGCUGGCGCCGUCGGCGUCGACGACCGUGAGCUUUGAGCUGAGCUUUGAUGACUGGUCGUUUGCACUACCGCAGAUCGGUCAUGGCUUGAACCGAACGGCCGAGGAUGGACUCUUCCAUCUCAUGAUCAAGCACGACACGACGUGUGGCGGGGCCAAGAAGAACCCGCUCUGUGCUCAUUUCCACCUCGUCUAA